AUGAAGAAACAAAUGGUGAUUGUUUUUGGCUUUAGUAUCACGUUAUAUGCACUGUGGAUUUUUAAUUAUAGUUAUUUAAAAAAUACAACCGUUGAAAAUAACCAAUUUCCAGUGGUUAAUGUCGUUAAGAAAGAAGUUAAUAAAGAAAUUUCUUGUUACUUUGAUCCUUCAACAAUUUAUUCUAUUGAGACUUUCAAUGAAAAAGAAGAAAUCACAGACGACAAUAACAUUUUUUUCAUCGAGACUUCGUGCUCUGGCGCCGCAGGAAUAGAACUGAAUGCAAGACAGUGUUGUUCUAUUGAAUCAGCAGCGAAGAUGAAUCCCAAAAUGAAGAUAUAUUUAUUAAUAUUAAGUCCUUCUGAAUACUCACCAAGAACAGAAGAAUUAUUGAGCCACUUGGAAGAGUACAAAAACAUUGUUGUAAGGAGAAUUGAUAUAGAAGACUAUGUCAAGAACACGCCGCUAGAAGACUGGUGGCAAAAAGGCGAACUAACAACAAGCAAAUGGCCGAAACAUCACAUGUCCGACGUUCUCCGUUACUUGACACUCUGGAAAGUCCCUGGAAUCUACAUGGACCUCGAUGUGGUCACGCUUUCGUCCUUUGAAAAAUUGAGAGAUUUUGUCGGUGCUGAAGAUGAAGACACUAUAGCUUCUUGCAUGAUGAGCUUCGGAGGAUCCGAAAUUGGUAGGGAAGUUGCUGAUGCUUGUAUUAAUGACUUGAAGAAUAAUUUUCGUGGUGAUGUUUGGAGAAAUAAUGGACCUGAUGUUAUCACGAGAGUUAUAGAGAAAAUUUGUGAGAAGCCCAUAACUAAUGAGACACAUAACUGUAAUGGCUUUACAGUAUUUUCGCCUUGGGAAUUCACGCCAAUUUACUACGAUGAAUGGAGAAAAUAUUUUGAAGCUGAAAAUAAAGAUAAAACGUUGAAAUUGAUCAACAAGUCUUUAGCUGUUCACAUUUGGAAUAAAAUGAGUCAUUUGCAGCCGAUUAAAGUUGGAAGUCAAGUUCCUUAUGGGAUUAUUGCUAGUCAAUUUUGUCCUAAAAUUUAUAAUAAUUGCGGCCUUUGGUUUUAG